AUGUCUCUUACUCGCUCUCUCCAACUCCUUGCUGUUUCAGCGGGCAUUGUGGCCGCCUGCCCUGAACUACACAAACGCCAGAGUGGCGGCGUCACUGAACGUACUUGGUUGUACGAGAAUGCCAAUGACUGGGCCCGUCAAGACCCAGCUUGGGAAACUUGUCAGACCGGAACUCAGCAGAGUCCUCUUUCUCUCCGCGUCGGCGAGAGCGUCUCUCGCCUUGCUUCUGGUGCCCUUCUCGACAUUGACUACCCCACCGAGAUGACCGGAGAACUUACCAACUGGGGAUACGGUCCCUCGUACGCUCUCGACCAUGCGGAGGGCGACUACACCACUCUCCCAGCCAUUACCUUCUCCGAAAACGGCGUCAACGAGACUGUUUACCUUGCGAGCUGGCACACGCACACUCCGUCCGAGCACACCGUGGACGGCACCUCAACCAAGGCCGAGCUCCACUUCGUGCACUACACCGCCGCCGGCAAACCCCGUGCCGUGCUUGGUUUCCGCAUCGACCAUGGCGUCGAGAACAGCACCUUCUUCAACCAAUUGCCUCCCAUGAUUCCCCUCAACGACACCACAACCGCUGUGCCUGGUGUGGUCCUCAACCCCAUGGCGGCUGUCCAGGAGGUCGACAACUUUGACAACUUCUGGACCUACCAGGGCAGUCUCACCACCCCACCUUGCACCGAGGGCAAGCGCUGGUUCGUCGCUCAGGAGGUCAUGUCCAUGUCUGAUGAGCAGAUGCAGGCUCUCCUGAAGGUCAGCGCUUUCUCUGCUCGUCCUUCGCAGGAGCUUUGGAACCAUGCCGUUGAGGCUUAG